UAAUUAUGCAUGAGGUAUGUGACACCAUAAAGUCACAGAACACACAGCAAUAGAUGACCAAACUGCUGUACCCACUAUAUGACACUUCAGUAAGGCGGUCAAUAAUUGGGAUGUUUCCAAGCAGAAAGAAACUAGACUUUGAAAGUUUUCCAGACCCCUCAGACACAUGGGAGAUCACUGAAACAAUUGGCAAGGGUACCUAUGGCAAAGUGUUUAAAGUAUUGAACAAAAUAAAUGGAAGUAAAGCAGCAGUCAAAGUCUUGGACCCGGUCCAUGACAUUGAUGAAGAGAUCGAAACGGAGUAUAACAUCCUUAAGAACCUGUCUGACCACCUUAAUGUGGUCAAGUUCUAUGGAAUGUACUACAAGAAAGAUGUCAAGAAUGGAGAUCGGCUCUGGCUAGUGUUAGAGCUGUGCACUGGGGGAUCUGUUACUGAUCUUGUAAAAGGAUUAUUGAAAAGGGGAGAAAGGAUGGAUGAAUCAAUUAUAGCCUAUAUUCUGCAUGAGGCACUGAUGGGUCUGCAGCACCUACAUACCAAUAACACAAUUCACCGUGACAUCAAGGGAAAUAAUAUUCUGUUAACCACAGAGGGAGGAGUUAAACUGGUGGAUUUUGGUGUUUCUGCUCAGCUAUCAAACACUCGCCUUCGUCGCAACACAUCAGUUGGAACACCAUUUUGGAUGGCUCCUGAGGUUAUCGCAUGUGAGCAGCAGCUGGAUUCUACCUAUGAUGCCAGAUGUGAUAUUUGGUCUCUUGGCAUCACUGCCAUAGAACUUGCAGAUGGUGAUCCGCCACUUUCUGAUCUGCAUCCAAUGAGGGCACUUUUUAAAAUUCCCAGAAACCCUCCCCCAACAGUGCAGCAUCCAGAUUUAUGGUCAACAGAUUUUCUUGACUUCAUCAACAAGUGCCUUACAAAAGAUUUUGAGCAUCGCCCAGCAGUUUCUGAGCUUUUGCUCCAUCCCUUUGUCAGUGAAAUUAAAGAAAAGGAGCAGGAUCUUCAAAAGAAACUGAUGGAACUUGUGGAUCACCAUCAGGAAAUGGGAGUUAUUGAGAAAAGAAGGCAUGAACGUAUCCAUACAAAGAAAGACCAGUACAUGAAGAGCCUGAAUUCCUCCCUAGAUGAUACAGAUGACUUGGCAACAUUGGAAUUCCUAGACGAAAAUACAGUAGCAGAAAACCUUGAGGAGCGAUAUUCCAAGGAUCAGAUAUAUACCUAUGUCGGUGACAUACUUAUUGCCGUCAAUCCGUUCAAGACACUGGAUCUUUACACCCAACAGCAUGCGAAGCUGUACAAUGGUUCCAAGCGCAGUGCGAACCCUCCACACAUCUUUGCCGUUGCUGACAUAGCCUACCAAUCCAUGAUUUCCUACGAUGCAGACCAGUGCAUUGUCAUUUCGGGAGAGAGUGGUGCUGGGAAGACAGAGAGUGCACACCUGCUUGUCCAACAGCUGACUGUCCUUGGAAAGGCUAACAAUCGAACCCUUCAGGAAAAGAUACUACAAGUGAACAACCUUGUUGAAGCUUUUGGAAAUGCCUGCACAUUCAUUAACGAUAAUUCCAGCAGAUUUGGAAAAUACUUGGAGAUGAAGUUCACACAUGGAGGAACAGUCAUUGGAGCCCAGAUCUCAGAAUACCUUCUAGAAAAAUCCAGAGUUAUUCAUCAGGCAACAGGUGAGAAGAACUUCCACAUAUUCUACUAUGUGUACACGGGACUGGCAGAAAGAAAGAAACUGGCACAUUACAAACUUCCAGAAAACAAGCCCCCCAGGUACCUUCAGAAUGAACACAUCAAAGUGAUGCAGGAUAUUGUCAACAACAAAUUUUACAGGUCACAGUUUGAACUUAUUGAGCAGUGUUUCAAAGUCAUAGGCUUCUCGAUGGAGGAACUAGGGAGUGUAUACAGCAUACUGGCUGCAAUUCUGAAUGUGGGUAACAUUGAGUUUUCCUCAGUUUCAUCUGACCACCUUUCUGACAAGAGUAAUAUUUCUAACACAACUGCACUAGAAAGUGCUGCCACACUUCUUUGCAUUGGUCCUGAGGAGCUGAAAGAAGCUUUAACCUCCCACUGUGUUGUGACUCGUGGGGAAACAAUCGUGCGUCCUAACACUACUGAAAAAGCCACUGUUGUCAGAGAUGCCAUGAGUAAGGCAUUGUAUGGACGUCUUUUCAGCUGGAUAGUCAACCAUAUCAACUCUUUACUGAAUCCUGAUAGCCUUCUCAGUGAUGAAGAUAAAGGUCUUAAUAUUGGGAUUCUUGAUAUAUUUGGAUUUGAGAAUUUUAAACGAAAUUCUUUUGAGCAGCUAUGUAUUAACAUUGCAAAUGAGCAGAUUCAGUUUUACUUCAAUCAGCAUAUCUUUGCUUGGGAACAGAAUGAGUACCUUAAUGAAGAAGUCGAUGCUCGAGUUAUUGAAUAUGAAGACAACAGGCCUCUUCUAGACAUGUUUUUACAAAAACCUAUGGGAUUGCUAUCACUGCUUGAUGAAGAGUGCCGUUUUCCUCAGGGGACUGAUCAAACACUUGUAGAAAAAUUUGAGGGUAAUCUGAAGUCAAAUUAUUUUUGGAGACCAAAACGAGUGGAUCUUACAUUUGGAAUUCAGCACUAUGCUGGAAAGGUUCUUUACAAUGCGACUGGAUUCCUGGCAAAAAACAGAGAUACCUUACCAGCUGAUAUUAUCCUGUUGCUGAGAUCUUCAGAAACCACCUUAGUCCGAAGACUGGUCACCCACCCACUUACAAAAACAGGUAAUCUGGCACAAACCAACAGUAAAAGUGCACCAAGUGAUCCAGCAGCAACUCCCAACAGAACUGCAAACCGAAGCAAGGGUGAAAAUGCAGAAACUGGCCAUCAUCCAAGAGAGACGACAAACAUGAGAACUCAGACAGUAGCAUCCUAUUUUAGAUAUUCACUGAUGGACUUGUUAUCUAAAAUGGUGGCUGGCCAGCCACAUUUUGUUCGCUGCAUCAAACCAAACAAUGACAGGCAUGCAAACAAAUAUGAUAAAGAAAAAGUCUUGCUACAGUUGCGCUAUGCAGGUAUAUUGGAAACUGCCAGGAUCCGAAGGCAGGGAUAUUCACAUCGCAUACUCUUUGAAAAUUUCAUUAAACGGUACUACAUACUUGCUUUUCGAUCAAAUGAAGAGCCUCCCAUCAGUCCAGAAACAUGUGCCACAAUUUUGGAAAAAACGAAACUUGAAAACUGGGCCUUGGGCAAAACAAAGGUUUUCCUUAAGUACUUUCAUGUUGAACACCUUAAUCUUUUGGUUAAGGAGUUUGUGGACAGAAUCGUAUUGAUGCAAUCAUGCGUCAAAGGCUGGCUUGGUGCAAAAAGGUACCAGAAAGUGAAAGAGAAAAGAGAAGAGAGUGCUACGAAAAUCCAAUCAGCAUAUAGAGGCUACAGAGUCCGUAAGGAAUAUGGCAAGAACAAAGAAGAUACUGAAAAAUGGAUUAUCCAGUUUCAAGCUGCUGCUAGAGGAUACUUAAUUAGGAAGCACUGCAGUGAAACAAAAGAAGAGAAAAAUAGAGCCGCUGUAGUAAUUCAAUCUAACUACAAGGGAUACAGAGAAAGAAAGAAUUAUAAAAAUAAGAGGCACGCUGAAGAACAAGACUCUGAAUCUGCUGAAACAAAUACAGAGAAACAACAGGAAUCUGAAAUUGCAGAGGCAGCCGCAGACUCACAGGAAGCUGAAACUGCAGAGGCAACAGCAGAAGUACCAGUGAAGGAAAGUGAAAGUGCUGAUGCUGGCAGUCAGCCACAAGAAACUGACAAAGAAAAAGCUGCAGUUGUCAUUCAGAGCAACUACAGAGGGUACAGAGACCGUAAAAAACUGAAAGAGCAACAAGAAUCCAUAAAGGGAUCAGGCAGCGAUCCAGCAUUAGUCCAAGCAUCUGAUGAGAAAUCACCAGGAAAUGAAUCAACUUCAGGGGAGAGUACACCUAAUGCUGACCAAGAUAGAGCUGCUACUGUCAUUCAAAGCAAUUAUCGUGGUCAUCUAGAAAGAAAACGACUCCAUGAAGAAGGGAAGCUGCCUGCAAAAAGAAAAAACAGUGUUCCACAAGAGAAAUCCCAAGAUGAUAUGGGGAACAGUGGAAGUACUGAACAGCAGGAACCAGUGGAAUCUACUGAGACUGCAUCAGGUAACAGCGCAGAGCAGCCAACCACAAAUGAUGAUGAGCAAAACAGAGCUGCAACUGUUAUCCAGAGUAAUUACCGCGGGUACAGAGAACGCCAUAAACUUCAAGAACAAGGGAAGAUGCCUGGAAAUAAAAUGCAUGAAACAAGUGCAGAGGCAAGUGAAGAAAGUCUUCAGCCAACAGAAUCUACUAAUCCAGACUCAGAUAAUCAAGACAAGGCAGCUGUUGUUAUUCAGAGUCAUUACAGGGGGUACAGAGAGAGGGAACAGCUGAAAAAAGAUGGAAAAUUAGCUGGUAAAAAGCAGGUGCAAAUACAGUUGGAGCCAAUUAUAAUUGAGGAUAGAGAAAAUCCCAGCGAAGAAUCACUACCUGACUUUUCUGAAGAGGAUGACCGUGAAAAAGCAGCUGUAACAAUCCAAAGUAAUUACAGAGGUUACAGGGAUCGAAAAAAAAUUCAAGAAUCGAUAGAUAAAGAAGUACAAGAUUUAAUGGAGUUUUCAAACCAGAUUACUAAGUUUUCCGAGGAGUACGUAGCUCUUCAACAAAAGCUGAAUGAAAUGAUCCUUACACACCGCCUUAAGCCACUGAACCGUAUUUAUGUCAAAGAAAACUAUUCAGAUGAGCUACCUUUGUCAGAUUUUCCACCACCUCCACCACCAUCAUUUAAAGAAGAUGACCAAAAGCAGAGGAUACCAAGAAGGGCUCAGCUGCCUAAAACACUGAAUACUCCAGAUGAUACCUACUAUGCUCUAUUAAAUCAAUCAAUCCAGGAAGCAAAAAGAAAAUCAAGAAGGGAAAGUCAAGCUAAAACGCUGGAUUCAGAAGGGGAUUACUAUCAAGAUUUGUCCCAUGAUGCUUAUAAGGAUGACAGCCUUCCCCCACCAAUGGAUAUGGUGCCUCCAUAUAAAUAUAAGCCUCCUGUACCACCACCCCCAAAUCGGUCAUCAACUACAAAGCCAUCAUCAGAAGACAGUGAAACAGAAGAUAAUCCCUAUGACUUCAGGAGAUUGCUUCGAAAGACAUCUCAGCGUCAUCGUCUCAUUGAACAGUUCUAGCAGAAUUGCUGUUUUUAUUAGGAAGCUAAGAAAGCUUUUUAUACACGUGCUCUUUUUCUAUUUUUUCCUUUUUUUUUAUCUUUUUCAUUGGCCAUUCUUUGUGUAACAUGAGCAAACUGAAACAGCCUUUUGUGCAUGGUGUGCUAAUGUGUUUCAAAUCUAGCAAACACAAGCUCGCACUUAGAAAGCCAAAUACAAUUUUGUUUAAAACAAAGCUACUUUUCCUGCUUGUCUUUUGAAAUGGAAUGUUGUAUUUAUCUAGACACACAACAAACUGCUGAGAAACUGAGGUUGUGCAUAUUUGCUUUAACUGAAUGAAUUAUUUUGUUUGAUACAAAGAUUAAUAAAAAAAAACAGGGUGUCUGUUUACUUAAUUUUAUUCAGAAAAAUGCAAAAUAGAUAUGGCCUCAUUAUCAUAUUUAUGGAUACCUAAAAUUAUUUUGCUAAAUGCUGUCACUUUCCACAGGAAAGGUAUCCCAUUUUUUGGAUCUGUGCAACAGUUUAUUUAGUCCUGUUUUUGUCUUACACUCUGCUAUUUCAUUGUAUAAUAUUUAGAAUUGAGGUAUUUAAUUAAACCUAGAAAUAACUUCCAGUA